GGAGACUCUCACUUCCUGUUUCCGGUUCGUGUUCAACAUGAAUCCUCUGACCAAAGUGCGUCUGAUAAACGAGCUGAACGAGCGCGAGGCCAAUCUGGGUGUUAAAGAGACUGUGUCCUGGCACUCGGAAUACUCGGACAGCGCUUGGAUCUUCGUCGGAGGGCUGCCCUACGAGCUUACCGAGGGAGACACCAUCUGCGUCUUCUCUCAAUAUGGAGAGGUGGUGAACAUAAACCUGGUGCGAGACAAAAAAACAGGGAAGUCCAAAGGUUUCUGCUUCAUCUGUUAUGAGGAUCAGAGGAGCACCAUCUUGGCCGUGGACAACUUCAAUGGGAUCAAGAUCAAAGGGCGUACGAUCCGCGUGGACCACGUGAAGGACUACAAACCUCCCAAAGACCACGAGGACAUCGAUGACAUCACGAGGAACCUGAGAGAGCAGGGCUGUGCUCCGACCGUGCAGCAGGGGGUGCAGUCUGAUGAGGAGGAGGAGGAGGAACUACUGCCACCGAAGAAGAGCAAGAAAGACAAAAAAGAGAAGAAAAAGAAGAAAGAAAAGAAAAAGAAAAAGGAGAAAGAGCAGCGUUCGGCAAGCUCCUCCCCCUCCUCCUCGCCCCCUCCUGCUCGCCCAGGGGCAGGUACGUCAGGUACGGCGGGGGCGACAGGUGCGACGGGAGCUGUGAGAGUGAAGGAGGAGAGACACGACGCGGGAUACGACAAAUACCGACAUGCACACGAGCAACAGGGGGCGAUACGGGGCAGAGAGGAGGAGAAGGAGAGGGCCAGAGCACAACGCAGAGGAGAGGACACGAGGAGGGAGGAGACGAGGAGAGAGGACACGAGGAGGGAGGACACGAGGAGGAGGACACGAGGAGGGAGGAGACGAGGAGAGAGGACACGAGGAGGGAGGACACGAGGAGGGAGGACACGAGGAGGGAGGACAUGAGGAGGGAGGACACGAGGAGAGAGGAGAUGAGGAAGGAACCAAAACAAGAGAGGAGGGAGAGGAGCAGAGAGUGGGAGAGGAGAGAGGAGGGAAGGAGGGAGGAGAGGGAGCGAGAAAGGAAUUAUGAUUCGGACCGACACAGAGAUCGGAGCAGAGAGCGAUACAGAGAGGACAGAAGGAGGGAGGAGACAAGGAGGGAGGACACAAGGAGGGAGGAAACAAGGAGAGACGAGGGAAGGGAGCGAGAGAGGGAGGACAGACGGAAAGACAGAGACAGAUCUAAAUACUGAUCAUACAAUGUGUAAACUGUACAUUUCUUGUUUUGUUUUUUUUAAGUAAAAUGUGUGUUUGCUUUUGAA